CAGUUUUUAUACGCUUUACUCCCUAAUGAGAAUACUUUUUCAGACUGCUUGAUUAAUCUUUAUUGAUUUACUGAUUUUUAACUACUGUUCAAUUUCUAGUAUUCACUGUUCCCCAGCAAUGUGGUAUUGAUUUAGUUGAUUAAGUUGGGGGACUUAACAAAGAGUAAUAAAAGUGAAGCAGCAGAAGCCCAGUUAUUCUGACACAUUUGACUGUUUUCACAGACUACAGAAUAAUGUGUAAAUGUAUAAAAUCAGCGAAGUGACGAUUUAAGUGCUGUUUAGGAAGCACUAAUAAAGCCAAUCAAAGCAGCUCCAGAGCUUUUUCAAGCUAAAAGCAUUCAUCAUCCUUUGUGUUUUCUUUCUUCUGCCUAGUCUAAACACGAGUUCCCGUGUUGCUGCUCUCCAGUUUGCCCCUCUAAACACUGCUCUCACCCUUCAGCCCGUGACGCCCUUCUCUCUGCCCUAGUGAUAUUUGUGAGCAGAGCGGAGCUGCACUCUUGUCCCGAGCUAAACUUAGCCCUGACAGUACCACUCCUCAUCACUACAUACUCUGCAGACCACACUGGGUUACAAUGGACGGUGUCGAGUUACCACAGAUGCUGCUGUAUCUCACCGGUGACACUGGCAGAACACAAGAUGUAGACUUAAAGGCUCUGCAGGUUUUUCUGUCUUUCACUCUCUACACUUGUAUUCCUCUCUGUCACGAUGGGCAGCUAUAGCUCAGUCCUCAUUCCUGACACUGAAGAGUUUCACUCAAUUGUGUCAGUCGCGGAGAAGCUGAAUGAGCAGGUAGCUCAUGCUGCAGAUGAGAGGUUACAGUCAGAGCUUCAGACUCUGGUAACACUCAUGAUGGAGGAGGAAAGAAAAGAAAAUCAGACUGAGGAGCUGGAUGUUUUAACACAUCAAGAAAACUCUCUGGACACGAGUCAAAAUGGGUCUGCCCUGCCUGCAGCAGUACCCAAAAGCGUACCCUCGCAGUCCUUCUCCUCUCUGUUACCAAAGGCUCUCUCCGCCGUGCUACAUCCGACUCUACCCCCGGGCCUCAAAUCCGAACCUGGGCCAAGCAGAAAUCCAGCGAAACACACCUCACCGAACCUGGAACAACUGCAGACAGAGCUGAGAGACCUGAGGGACCAGUUUGAACAAAUGAAGACUCAGCACAACAAAGAAAUUAAACUGCUGAUGAAUGAGCUGGAUGAGGAGAAGAGGAUUCGCUUGACUUUACAGAUGGAGAUUCAACGUAUGAAGAAGCGCAUGUCUAAAUGAGUGGAGUCAUCAAAGACAUGAGAUCCUGAUUUGACAAAAAGUCUCUGUUCUGCCAAGGUCCUGUUGUACGCUUAUCUGAUAAAUGGUAUUUUUCUAAGUUUAAAAAAGUCGUCCUUGCUCCUUUUUGAUGAAAAAUUAUCGUAUUUUUUUUUUUGUUGGACUGCUGAAUGGUCAAGGGGACUGAAUGUUUUUACUGACUCAUUGCUGAAUGUGUAAAAGAUGAAGCACAGUGGGAGCAGACUCAAGGUGAGAGGCUGCAAAAAACAAACUGUCCCUUGAUCCAGCGUCGCACCGAGAGGAGUAUCUGUAUCUGACGGUCCUCUCUGGAAAUGAGCAGUGCGAGGCCCUUGUCACACGUGCAGUUGUCUUGAGGUUUCCUAUGGGAGUCCAGAUUUUGAAGGGCUGUUUGGCGUACAGAGAGGAGGAUGGGAAACGAGAGCUGGCAGUUAGUCUGCAGGGCUGAGUGAUCAUUUGUUUAUAAUAAUGUGAUAUAGAGGCACAAACAUGAAGCUUCAUUCAUAUUUUAGUUGCAUAUAUUUUUCAACUACUGUAAGUUUGCUUUUUGAUUGUAUAAAAAGUUGACCAAGCUGUCAGUGAAUUUGUUGUUGGCUGAUGUGUGAAUUCAUUAAAGAUGCUGGAGCUGGCCAUUGA